CAGAGUGGGGGCUACGAUGUGGAUGUGUUUGUGGAGCGCCCGGGCAGCGAUAUGUUGUGUACCAUCUGCAGGCUGGUCCUCAGGUGUCCCGUCAGGACGGCCUGCAGCCACGUCUUCUGCAAGAGCUGCAUCCUGGAGUGGAUUAAGAGACAGGAGACAUGUCCGUGUUGCAGGAGGCUCAUCAGCGUUAGUCACAUGGUUGUCCUGCUGAGGCUGAACAAAGCCAUUAGCCACCUGAAGGUGAAGUGCCAGAACACGGGCUGUUCCGCCACCUUCCCUCUGUCUGAGCAGCACCUCCACAGCUCCUGCUGCCCCUUCCAGAAGUUUCCCUGCCCCCAGCCGGGCUGCGGCCUGCAGGUACCCUGGGACCAGCUGCAGUCCCACGCCCGGCGCUGCCAGCAGGGGGAGCCGCUCUGCCCCGGAGGCUAUGGCACGGCACUCAGCCCGACCUGCCUGUCCCAGCACACCUGCUACAGACAGCUGAAGCAGCAGCUGGCAGUCCAGAGGCAGAGAUGCAGGGCUGUCGCCAUCACCGUCCGCAGGAAGGUGGGCAAACUGCAAAGUGCCAUGACGCUCUUGAAAAGACAGGUGGCGCUCAUCUACGGCAGCCUGGAGGUCCCAGACAGCCAGGAGGUGGAAAGAGAUGGACGAGGACAGGGGAAUGAGAGUGUGGGAUGGAUCAACACUGUGGCAAAGACCACACGUCUCUGAGUAGUGCAUUGAUGUAAAAUAUUGAUCAAACUGAUGUUUUCCACCAAGAGAAAAUGGUGUAUUAGAGAGAUGAGAGAGAAAAAUAAACCACAGCACAGGGUAACCCAAAGAGGCAAACACCUACAUUUCAUUAAAUAUUCAGUGAUGUGG